CCUUAAUUCUGCCCCGCAGGCAAUAAAAGAAUUCUAAUGGGAGCACUGUUCUGAAAUUCGGUUUUGCUGGAUGCCAUUAUGGAUGAACAGCAAGCUUUGAAUUCAAUCAUGCAGGAUUUGGCAGUUCUUCAUAAGGCAAGUCGUCCUGCUUUGCCGCUUCAAGAAAUGGGAAAGGGAAAGGGAAAGUUAACUUCACCCAAAAAACAGAAUGAUGUACGAGUCAAAUUUGAACAUCGAGGAGAAAAAAGAAUACUACAGUUUUCUAGACCUAUCAAGCUAGAAGAUCUUGCAUCAAAAGCUAAAGUUGCCUUUGGACAGUCCAUGAAUUUGUAUUACAGCAAUAAUGAGCUGGUAAUUCCAUUAGCUGUCCAGGAUGAUCUGGACAAAGCUGUGGAGCUCCUUGAUCGCAGUGUUCACAUGAAGAGCCUCAAGAUUCUGCUUGUUGUUCAUGGAAACACACAGAAUAACAUGGAUCCCUUGUCAUCAUUGGAAGAUUUGGAUAAUACAGUUUUCAGAGUAACAGAAAAGAAAAACAGGAAUUCUGUAAUAGGCUAUACUCGUGACAGCAGCUCUCCUCCUCCAGGAUACAUUCCAGAUGAUCAUGUGGCACGGAAUGGAUCAUUCACUAGUAUCAAUAGUGAGGGCGAGUUCAUUCCAGAAAGAGACUUAAUGUUGGAUCCAUUAUCACUGAGUAGCCCUGAAAAUUCUGGCUCAGGAAGUUGUCCGUCACUUGAUAGCCCUCUAGAUGGGGAGAACUACCCUAAGUCCCGGAUGCCAAGAGCUCAGAGCUAUCCUGAUAACCAUCAAGAAUUCUCUGAUUAUGACCUCCCAAUAUUUGAAAAGUUUGUCAAAGGUGGAACUUAUCCUCGGUAUCAUAUUUCAUACCAACAUCAAGAAUACAAUGAUGGUCGUAAAACUUUUCCAAGAGUUAGAAGGACCCAAGGAAACUGCUUACGCACUCCAGUAAGUUUCAGCCCAACGGAUUAUUCAUUGAGCACAAGCAGUGGGAGCAGCAUUUUCACUCCAGAAUAUGAAGAUGGACGGAUGCGGAGAAGAGGAAGUGACAUAGAAAAUCCUACCUUGACAGUAAUGGACAUCAGCCCUCCCAGCCGCUCCCCACGUGCUCCAACUAAUUGGGUACUUGGUAAACCACUUGGCCAAGGUGCAUUUGGUAGAGUCUAUCUAUGCUAUGAUGCAGACACAGGACGAGAACUAGCUGUUAAACAAGUUGAGUUUGAUCCUGACAGCCCAGAGACGAGUAAGGAAGUAAAUGCCCUUGAAUGUGAGAUUCAGCUUCUGAAAAAUCUGCUACAUGAAAGAAUUGUUCAGUAUUAUGGCUGCUUAAGGGACCAUCCGGAAGGAACACUUUCUAUAUUCAUGGAAUAUAUGCCAGGGGGCUCAAUUAAAGAUCAGUUGAAGGCAUAUGGUGCUCUCACAGAAAAUGUGACUCGGAAGUAUACCCGCCAGAUCCUGGAAGGAGUUCACUAUUUGCACAGUAACAUGAUUGUACAUAGAGAUAUUAAAGGAGCAAAUAUUCUUCGUGACUCUGCAGGCAAUGUUAAGUUGGGUGAUUUUGGUGCCAGCAAGCGGCUCCAAACAAUUUGCCUUUCUGGUACAGGAAUGAAGUCUGCUACGGGGACUCCAUACUGGAUGAGUCCAGAAGUGAUUAGUGGAGAAGGAUAUGGAAGAAAAGCAGAUAUUUGGAGUGUAGGUUGUACAGUUGUUGAAAUGCUCACUGAGAAGCCACCCUGGGCAGAAUUUGAAGCAAUGGCUGCCAUUUUUAAAAUUGCCACACAGCCUACCAAUCCCCAGCUGCCACCUCACGUCUCAGACCACGGUCGGGAUUUUCUAAAGCGGAUAUUUAUUGAGGCUAAGUUGCGACCAUCUGCAGAUGAACUGCUGAGACAUACAUUUGCACAUUAUCACUGAUGGCCUGCCUCAAUCCCUCUCACCUACUGCAUUUUUUACUGCACUUUUUUUUAUACAGAGUUGAAAAAAGACAAGGGAGAAGUUAUUUCUCUUGAUUCUUUCUUUCAUAUAAAAUUGUUAAGAUCUCUCUGCAUAUUUA